AGAGUCGACAGCAGCCAACUGUUAUCAGCGAACUUUGUCUCGUAGAAUGGAGUAGAUCAUAACAGAAGGAAACAGAGCAAAGAACAAAGGAGCAGAAUUGUCAUUAAGGGUUGACUGCAGUGUUUAUAGACCUGUUUAGACAAGCUACACUCAGGUUUUAAUUAUCAUUCUCAAAGGCUAAUGGCUGCAAUGUUUGGCUGUGUGUGUGUCACUGUGACUCUCCUCAUGUGCGUUCUUGGAGGCCAAGCACUGGAGCUGCUGAGAGCAACUGCAACAUCAGGGACAGAUCGUUACUCCACUCCCACAGUGUAUUGCUGGUGUGCAAGCUAUCCAAACAUGACUCUUUGCUCCUGGCCCGAACCUGCAAACUCCCCAGCCACACACUACAUUGCCACCUACAGUGAGAGACACAGCCAGUCAGACAUCAAGCAGUGCAAUCUCAUCCCACCCAGCUCUUCAUCCCCUCCUCUGAACUCACCAUCAUCAUCACCUUCAUCAGUCCCAUCUGAACAGCUCUGGCACUGCCAACUGCCCACCCUGAAGCUUCUUACAGACUACAUCAUCAAUGUCACAGCAGUGUAUUCGAGCGGAAGCAGCUCCCAUCUCGCAAGUUUUAUGUUGGAGGAUAUUGUGAAACCAGACCCUCCUGAAGACGUCCGGGUUUCCCCUCAAAAUAUCAAAGACUUGCUGGUGGAGUGGUCUCCUCCAUUCACCUGGGCCAACCUGGACAUCUUCCCCCUGAAAUACCAGAUAAAGUACCUGUGGGAAAUUGGGGGAACCUCAAAAUCUGUCACUCUGGGUCCGGUUGAGAGCACCAAGGUUGAACUGAAGACGCUGAGCCCAGGGAAUGCGUACCUGUUCCAGGUGUGCGCCAUGGAACUGCUGGGUCUGGGCGAGUGUAGCAACUGGAGCUCACCUGUGAACGUCACCAUACCAAGGACGCAGCCAUAGACACUCCGCUCUCACACCCUGUUUUAUUUUACCUCGCUCCUUUUAAGCUACCGGUGACGUCAAACUGAAGAGUUGCAGACAGCUUGAUGCGUCCUUGUUUUAACUGCACAUACAAGGUUGAUAUUUUGUUUUAUUUAUUAAGGAAUAAACUUCCAAAAUAAAUGUAAUUGUCUUAAUAUUUGUUGUAAUACUGUUGGCUUCUCUUGGUUGUAAUUGAUA